GUCAAGUUCAGCGAUUUGUCGGCCCGUAAGCUAGAUCUCCUUAUUGUUGAAUUUAUAACAAAUUUUGUAUACUAUGUGGUUCCUAUCGGAUAUUAGCUAGAACGAUUGUAGCUCGAUUGUCCGCCUCUUAUUUGCGAUGCUAAAAUGAUUCCACUAAAAGACAACCAGGAUGUGGCGUCGUUUCUGGUCACGAAGCACUCAUGGAAGGGGAAGUAUAAGCGCGUGUUCUCCGUGGGUACGCACGGGAUCACGACGUACAACCCGGACCGGCUGGAGGUGACCAACAAGUGGCUGUACGCGGACGUGGUGACCGUGGCCUCGGCCAAGCACUCCAACUCCACCGCCAACCAGGACUUCAUGCUCGUCAUGAAGAAGGACAAAAAGGUGGACACUAUGAAGUUCUCGUCGGAACAUAAGUGUCUGAUUCUUACAGAGGCUUUCAAGUAUAGGCAUUUGUUUGCUGAGAAGAAAGAUGUUCUUAGAUUUCAAGCCUAUAAGCACCACUGGAGCGGCACUAGAUUACCAAUAGUGCUCGAAGUUGGUCCCUGUGCUUUGGAGCAACUAGAUCCUUCAACACACACACUCUUAGCCAGCUACCCUUACUCUGAUAUCCAAGGCAUCCUUCCAGUUAGAGAUGUCUCCGGAGGCUUCGUCCUAGCCGUCGGGGGCUACAGUCGCCUCCACCUCUUCUCCAACGCCAUGGACCACCAAGCCAUCAUCAACAAGAUGUUGGAAAUGGCUAACUUAACGCUGAGCAUUAGUAUUAAAGUGCUCAACACAAUGAUUACCUUGGAGGACUACCAUAAUCAAAGAUUUGGGAAGUACAGUGGCGACCAACACCAGACCUCACUAAGCGAGUUCAUAGUUCACAAAGUGAACCCAGCGCGGCACAUGGAACCGAUGCGGCGUACCCUUUGCCUCUCCGAUACUUGUAUAUUGGAACGCGAUCCGCAGACCUAUUCGGUCGUGUGCCUUCGUCCACUGAGCGACGUGUUCGCUUUGGUCAGAGACCGGGAUCACCCACAGAAGUUCUCCAUCGAGUACAUGAAUGGACAGACUCGCACUUACAUGGCCGGCGAAAGAGACGCGUUACUAGCGUCGCUGCUGGACGGCGUCCGCUCCGCCGGGCAGCGCGACGUGCACGUGCGCUCCGGCGCCACCCCGCGCGGCUACCGGCUCGGCCCGCUGCACCAGCCCGUGGACGAGGAGACCGAGUCCAACCACCUCCGAUUAUUCCAGAACCCAGUAGGCAUGACGCGAGCGGAGGUGAUCGAGCGAUUCAACGCCAACGUCGGCUACAGCGGACUCAACUAUUCCGUCAGUGCCGAUCGCCUAUUCGCGGAGAAUAAAGAAAAGUUGAUAACAGGAGCGCUGAGCGCCCUCGUGAAUAGUACAGCUACUAGUGCUACUUUGCCUCCGAGAGAGCUAGAAGCGCUGUUUCAUGCGCUGAGACGGCUCUGUGCCAGUAAAGUUGGAUUCGCUGCCUUCACAGCGUUGCCUGGAUUCCGCGAAUGGAUCGGCUCGGCAGUAGUCGGUGCGCUCCGGCGCGGCUCGGCAGCUUGUUCGCACGCGGCACUAGACGCGGCCUGUGCCCUUAUGCAGCCUAUGCAUCACGAACCGGACUUACGACAGGAGCAACUGAAUAAAGCGUCCAUGUUGGCUACUCAACCCUUCUUGGAAGGCUUAUUGUCAAUGUGGGCGGAGCAUGUUACUGCCGGAAGUGGAGCACUAGUGGUGGCAGCCAUGCUGGAUUUCCUCACAUUCGCCCUAUGUGUGCCGUACAGCGAAACUACGGAUGGCAAACAGUUCGACCAGCUUCUAGAAAUGGUCGCCAACAGAGGCCGGGUGCUGUUCAAACUGUUUGAGCAUCCAUCAAUGGCGAUAGUGAAAGGCGCCGGGCUAGUUCUUCGCGCUUUGGUCGAAGAAGGUGGGUCAGGAGUGGGCACGAGAAUGCAAGCACUAGCGUUGGCAGAAGCGGCCUUACCACGACAUCUGUUGACAGCAUUGUACGCUGGAGCCAGGUUGCACCACAGACAUCUAGCGCGGCAUCUGGUGGCACUUUGGUUGGUAGACCACGCGCCAGCGCAUAACCUACUUAAACGGAUCAUGCCGUCCGGACUUCUAGCCUUCCUCGAAUCGACAGAGGCGCCACCUGCCGCGGCGUUAGAAGCGGACAGAAUAAACGAACGAGACAACUUGGAGCUAGCACAAGCGUCGGUCAAGCCGCGCGCGGCGCACUGGGAGGCUCUCGAGCGGCAGGUCAAAUACGUCGAAAAACAUUUAGAGCACUACGCGCAACUAGCCCUGCAGCACUGGGCGGCCCGCGCCGGCGGCCCCGCGCGCGCACAACGCGACGCCACACGAGACCGCCCCGUCGUGCUGCGGAGACGGAGGGAGCGACUCAAGUCCACCGCCAACUGGCCGCUCUUCUACUACCAGUUCCAUCGCGACCACGCGCUGCCCAACCUCAUAUGGAACCACACGACUCGCGAAGAACUCCGGAACGCCCUGGAAAACGAGCUACGAGCGUUCACAUCAGACCGAGAAGUGUGUGGCGACACCCUAACCUCAUGGAAUCACGCUGAAUUAGAAGUGCACUACCAGUGUCUGCAGAACGAAGUCAAAAUUGGCGACUACUACCUCAGGAUAUUACUAGAACAGAGAGACAAUGAUGACAGUCCUAUAAGAAAAUCCUACGAAUUCUUCAACGACCUAUACCACCGGUUUCUCUCAACGCCGAAGGUCGAGAUGAAAUGCAUGUGUCUCCAAGCUAUGAGCAUAGUCUACGGGCGCUAUUACGAAGACAUCGGUCCUUUUGCUGACACCAAAUAUAUUGUACAGAUGUUGGAUAGGACAUGUGAUAGAAUGGAAAGAGAUAGACUGGUUCAAUUCUUAUCAAAAUUGAUAUUACAUAGAAGAAACGUUAGUGAGAUAUUAGAAUGGAAUGGUAUAAGAAUAUUAGUAGACCUAAUGACAUUAGCGCAUUUACACACAACUCGCGCGACAGUACCCGCCCAAAGUAAUGUCAUAGAGGGGCCGGCAAGAACUGAAGGUGGCGACCGAGAGUGGUAUUACAAUAUAGAGCAGGGAGGCAAGGUUGAGAGGAAAGGACCUAUUAGUUUUCAACAGCUCAAAGAACUGUACAAGAGCGGAGAAAUCAACAACAAGACAAAAUGCUGGGCGCAUAGCAUGGAAGGCUGGCGUUGCAUCGGCGCAGUACCUCAACUCAAAUGGACUUUGGCAGCGCGAGGCACUGCAGUUUUAGACGAGAGUGCGUUAGCUUCUACUGUGUUGGAUCUCUUAAUAGCUGCUGCGCAGUAUUAUCCCAGCAGAGACGAGGAGGACGCUGUUAUACGGCCUCUGCCGAAGGUGAAGAGAAUGCUAUCAGAACCGGCUUGCCUGGCGCACGUCGUUCAACUACUGCUCACCUUCGAUCCUGUGCUUGUUGAAAAAGUGGCAACUCUGCUAUACGAAGUGAUGCAGGACAACCCUGAAAUCUCCAAACUGUACCUGACAGGCGUGUUCUACUUCAUGCUGUUAUACACGGGUUCGAACCUGCUACCCAUCGCCAGGUUCCUGCGACUCACGCAUAUGAAACAGGCGUUCAGAGCCGAUCAGACUACUUCGGAUAUAAUGCAGCGGUCGAUCCUCGGUCAGCUGCUGCCAGAAGCGAUGGUGUGUUACCUGGAGAACCACGGCGCUGAGAAGUUCGCGCAGAUCUUCCUUGGGGAGUGGGACACGCCUGAAGCUAUAUGGAACUCGGAGAUGAGACGAAUGUUAAUAAUGAAAGUGUCAGCACACAUAGGCGAGUUCACGCCGCGCCUGCACGCACACAUCGCCGCGCGCUAUCCAUACCUCGCUAUACCGGCCGUGUGCUACCCACAACUACAACAUGAGCUGUUCUGCAAUAUGUUCUACCUGCGACAUCUGUGUGACAACCAUAGGUUCCCUGACUGGCCGAUACCUGAGCCGGUUCAACUUCUGAAAGACGUCUUAGAAGCAUGGCGGCGCGAAGUGGAAAAGAAGCCACCUUCAAUGACUGCGAGCGAAGCGUAUGCAGCCCUAGGUUUGACGGGACAACACGACGAAGCGGCCGUACGCAAGGCGUACUAUAGACUGGCGCAGCAGUACCAUCCGGAUAAGAACCCAGAAGGGCGGGACCGCUUCGAGGCAGUGAACCAAGCUUACGAGUUCCUAUGCAGCCGCAACGUGUGGACGGGCGACGGACCCAACGCGAACAACAUCGUGCUCAUAUUGCGCACGCAGACUAUACUGUUCCAGCGGUAUUCUGACGUACUGGCACCAUACAAAUACGCCGGCUACCCUCAACUGCUUCGAACAGCGCGUCUCGAAGCCGAAGCAGAGCAACUGUUUGCCGAGAAAGAUUCUUCUGGCUUAUUGCCUGCGGCGUGCGAAUUGGCUCAUGCCACCGUCAAGUGUUCCGCUCUCAAUGCUGAGGAACUGCGCAGAGAAGGAGGCCUGCAGGUCCUACACGAAGCCCUAACCCGCUGCGUGCCUGUCCUCUCCACAUCGACGAAGCCGGGCGACGUGGCAGCCGCGGUGUGCGCGCACGCUGCCCGCUGCUUCGCCGUCGCGGCGCAGUUCCCCGCGUGUCGCGACCUGUGCGCCACGCUGCCGGCGCUCAGCGGUGACGUCGUCCCGCUGCUGAGGAGACCGCACCUCGGGGACACAGCGUGCGCAGGAGCGGAAGCGGUAGCGGCGCUGGCAGCGGAACCGACCAUACGCGAACAACUCGCUCUAGCCGGGGCCCUUCAAGCGUUGCUGCCUAACGUGCUGCAAUACGACUACACGCUCAAAGAGUCUGGCGUGGAAACUGACGCGCAGGCCAACAAACAGGAGGUGGCGAACCAGCUAGCUCAACUAUGCGUAGCAGCCCUAGCCGCUAUGUACGGGCCUCACCCGGAGCCCGGGCCGCUAGACGACAAAAUACGGGAGGCGCUUCAAGCCACGCUGACACCUUAUCUGUGCUCGCGGUUAGCUGAUGAAGACAGACAUGAGCUACUGAAAACUCUAACCUCCAACUGGCGGACACCCUUACUCGUUUGGGACAACAGUACAAGAGCCGAACUACGCGACAUACUGCGAGCUAAAAUGGAGCCAGAUGGUCCGCUUAUCCCACCAUUUAAGUACUCUGCGCACGAGGGCUUGUUGGUUGUCGGUGGCGUGUAUGUGGCCAUAUAUAACGACCAGCCAGAGUACCCUAUACCGAACCCUCAACAAUUCAUCCUGGAUCUCCUGAAGUUCAUCCUGGAACAGACCAAAGAAGACAUGACGCCGGAACGCGUAGAACAUAUCACGAUGGCAUUGUCUGCUCUCGCCAAUGUCAUCAUCAAAAACCCAGGGUCCGAGAUCCAGUGCAUAGGCCAAUUCGGUCUUAUCUUCGGCAUGCUGUCAGCGAGAGCUCACCCGGCACUACAGGACGCGGCACUUCGGAGCGUCCUCGCCGCCGCCGGUAGUCGCGAGUGUGUCGAAGAUGUCGCUGCUAGUCAAGUACUAGGUCACCUGCUCGCCCUGCUGGGCGCGCGGCCGCCGCGGCCCGACGCCGUGGCCGCGCUGGCGGCGCUGCUCGCCAACACGGCGCUCGUGAAGGAGGCGCUAGCCAAAGGAGCUGUGAUAUACCUGUUAGACUUGUUCGCGAACAGUAAGGUUCCCGAGAUGAGAGAGUCCGCGGUCGAGUUGCUAGCCCGAAUGAUGGCGGACAAAUUACAUGGGCCUAAGGUACGGCUAACAAUGUCUCGCUACGUACCAGGCGUAUUCUGCGAAGCCAUGCGCGAGAGUGGACCCGCCAGUGCGACGCACAUGUUCGACUCGCGGCAUGAACACCCAGAGCUUGUAUGGACGGAUGAGGCGCGUGCGCGAGUCUGUAGCACACUAGCUGAGCGAGCUGACAAACAUCAAUGCAACCAGCUCCGCGACCCCAACUCCACGUUCGAAGACCGCGAGACCCUCGAACGAGCCACUGGCGAGGACACCUGGGCGCCGCCAGGCGAGGUGGUGGUCGGCGGCGUCUACCUCAAGCUGUACCUGCAGAGCCCGCACUGGAGUCUGCGCAGCCCUAAGCGAUUCCUACAGGAACUGCUUACAGAGUGCGUCGCUGCUCUCGGCAAGGACGCUAGCGAGGGCAGCAGAGGUGACACCUGUGCCAAAGCGUUAGCCGUGCUGGUGUCCACUCGUCCAGCGUUGGGCGAAGUGUGUGCGCAGCUGGGCGAACUGCCUCGACUGAUGAGACUGCUACCCCAGUGUCCGCUACACGCCGUACCCAUUGUCGCGGCGUUAGCUCGCACACAGUCGUGCGUAAUGGCGAUGAACCAAACCGAGGUGAUGUCCGGCCUGAAGACCGCCGUGAAGUCAUGUCGGGAGAUCAUCGGCAGCGCGUGCGAAGCGCUUGCUUCCAUAUUCAACAGCUCUGUGAACACAGACCGCCUCGUUUUACAGGCACUAGACACGGGUUUAAUAGACGAACUGCUAUCCCUCCUCGAGACGCGACUAGACGGACAGGCGGCCGCGCAGCUCGUCAACGCGCUCAAGGCCAUGGCGCGCUCGCCCGCGCACGGCGAGCGCGUGCGCGCCGUGCUCGCCAAGAGCAGAGUGUGGGAACAGUACGCGCAGCAGCGACACGAUCUGUUCAUCACUGCGCCCUCCCAGCACGCGUUACAAGCGGCGCCUACCUCAGCGGGCUAUCUAACUGCUCCGCCCUCCAGCAUCACCGCUCAACCGCCGCCCAUCGAUUGACGACUGCCCGUCUGAACUACCACAGUUUGACACGGUUAGCGAUUAACUUUACUACAGAAUAACUAUUUAAAUAAUACUAUAGAACAGAACAGAACUUCAUGCUAAAAAGUAUUACAGUAGUUCAUGGUCGAAUGCAUUAGGUGCAUUUAAUCUUUCGAUUAUUUAGGGUUGUUAAAAAUCAUUUCAUAAUGCGGUAUCGUUAAAGGUACGUCAAGUUGUACCAACCCUAAAAAAUGCUACGUAGCAAUGAGUCGAACGUACCACUGACUUUACUGUUAUUGAUCGAAGUAGUGUAUAACUUGUUAAAAUACUGAACGGGCUGCCUAAGAGCUUCCGUGAAGUAUCAUUACACUACAGAUCCGUCAUAGACUGACACCAGACAUAUGACAGAAUUUACUGGUGAUAUAAGUACCACGAUUUGAGCAGCGCUAUUGAGUAUCUUACACCAUUGUAUAGUAUAACAGCCCAAGUUCAACAUUAAAACACUUUUUAAGAAUGUUCUUAAAUUAUACGAGUGCUAUAUUAAACAUUUAAAAUCGGGUAACUCGUGUAAAAUUGUCGAAGGUCGCUCGACAUGUCUGCGUCGGGAUACCAUCGGCAUCGCGCGUGCUCAUUGAAAAUGCUCCUCGUUACGGAGCGAAACAUGUCAAGCAAUCGACAAUUUUACAUGAGUUACCCGAUAUUACAUGUUUAAUAUGUCAGUGUCUCAUGGUAUAGUUUUAUUUUGCGUUUACUACGUUUGCGUUACCGUAUUAAAUUACUUCGGGAAAUCAUAUGUGACGACUUUGAGUUGGAUUGAUUGCUCCGUCUAGUAGUUGCCUGGACUCACGGUUAGCGACUUUAUCCUCAUAAGGCUCACCGUAGUUAGAUUUCCCAUUUUGAAUUUGAACCUUGUUAUAAGUAAAUUGGUAAGAUUUUCGUUUGUUUCAAAAAGCAAUGUAACAAGGGAAAUUCUUUUUUUAUUUGGUUCAUGAAAGAUUCAAAUUCGUUUGCAACAACUGUGUACAUUGUGCCUUGCGAGGUUAUAGAGGUUUUUAAGGCUAUAUUUUUAUUCGGACUUGACCAGUACGACUUUAGGUAUGGACGCGCGCACGGGAACGCAACACAUGCUAACAGGCCUAGAGCGCAAUCAUAUAGGUAUUUAAGUGCUAUAGUGUUUUCCUUGAGUUGCUACGGUAAUACUGGUUUUGUGUGGCCGGCAAUGAAGUUCUGAAAUGAGGAAUGAAUUUUAAAUCUUAUAAAGUGUCAAAAUGCCAGUUGUAAGUCUCAUGGUAAGUGAUAGUCAAAUAAUGAUAUCGGGUUAUCGAAAUACAGCAUUCCAAAUUAUGUAGAUGCAAUACAUGACAAUGUUUAAUUAACCUAACUGAUUGAACAAAAAGAAGAAGUGUGUAUGUGUUUACAUUCAUAUUAAUGUUUUGUAAUCGCUAUCGGAUAUUAUGGGAAUAAUGGGACUGAUAUUAAAAGAUUUUUAGGCCAUUUGAAAAAAAAAUAGCUAAUUGCUUGUCAUUUUGACAAUUCAUAUUUGAGUGUCGAUAUAUCUAAAGCUGACUUUUUAGAUAAAUAAACACUAAAAAUCGCAUAACAUGCUGAAUCACGAUACUUUUGUCAUUAUCAUUAUGGUGCUUCCACACUGGGCUGUUAUGUUUUAUAACACACAGGGACAGCGCGAUGGCGUGUGGGAGCACCAUUAAAUUGAUUAAAGCUAUAAGACAAGUUUUAAAAUAAUUUAUCAACGCAGUUAACCUCGUAAGGCCCACCAUAGCUAGUUCCCAUUUUGAAUUUGAACUUUAUUCUAUAAAUAAAUUGGUAAGAUUUUUGUUUGUUUCAAAAAUCAAUGUAACAAUGGAAAUUCUACUUUAUUCAGUUCAUAAAAGGUUCACAUUAGAUUGCAUCAACAUGUACAUUGUAAUGUACAUUGGGCCUUACGAGGUUAAGAUAGUUGUUAAACAUAGCUCUAAAUUAUUAAAUUCAUAAAAAUAGAUGAAAAGUUCAAAAUGCUCUUUUGACUUUAGAGCCAGAACAAUUCAAGAAAAAGGAUGUAUUCCCAGUGUAUAAUGUUAUAAGGUACAAUGAGCCAAAUCUCGACUGGGGUGCAAUCGUAACUAGUCCAUUUUUCCCAUUAUUACACUAUGAUGUUGAGUUCUACAUGUAUCCACUGAACACUCUUACCAUAUACACCGUGUUUCACUUAACACU